AAUCCCAAAUAUCACAAAAUAUCUCCUCCUCCUCCUCCUCCUCCUUCUCUCUCUUUCUGUCGCCAUGUCUCCUCCUCCUCCCUUCUCCCUUUCACUGAGCCCUACGCUCUCUCUCCACCAAAGCCACCGUACCCACUUCUCCGCCCCCUCGCCCUUCCCCAUCUCCGCUCCGUCGCUGCACCUUCACCUCCACAAGAGCACCACCCACCUCCAUGUCCCACCCCUGUCCUCCUCGCCGGACACCCCCAGUCACAGUCUCGAGGAGUCCCGGUGGCUGCGCGAGGAGCAGCGCUGGCUCAGGGAGGAGCAGCGCUGGCUCCGCGAGGAGCGUCGCUGGGCCCGCGAGCGCGAGUCCCUCCUCGUCGAAAUCGCCCAGUUGCGCCUCCGGGUCCAAGCUCUGGAGCGCCAGGCCCCCAUUGAGGUCUUGAAGGAGAAGAACUUGAUAGCUGAGAGCGGGUCGGUCGGGAGAGGUAUGGUUUUGGAAGGGAAGGGCGAAGAGGUGUCGGUGGAAGAGCGGGCGGUGGUAGAGGAGAAAGUGAUUAGAGUUGUCAAUGAAGGGAAAAAACGAGACGAGAGGAAGAGCUCCGAUAGGAGGACCCUGAGGGUGGGAGCGGAAGGGGACGAGGUUAAAUCAAUGCAGGAAGCAUUGCAGAAGUUGGGAUUUUAUUCAGGCGAGGAAGAUAUGGAAUACUGCAACUUCUCUAGUGGCACCGAAAGUGCAGUGAAGACUUGGCAGGCCUCAAUUGGCGUGAAAGAAGAUGGGAUAAUGACCACAGAGCUCCUUGAAAUAUUGUACUUUGGGCAACUUCAGGGUGCUGACUCCUUUGUGAAAUCAGAUAAGAAUGGAGGUGCCAAUGGAGCUGCUGUUUCUUCUAUUACGGGAAUAUCGGAGAAUGACCAAAGAGUUGUUAAAGAGAGUAACACAAAGAAUGAGGCAUCCCAACAGCGGGUUUUUCUUCUUGGAGAAAACCGGUGGGAAGAACCUUCUAGGCUCGUUGGCAGAGAUAAGCAGGAUAUGAAAAUGGGGAGCAGCAAAUCGACAACGCAAUGUCUUGCCUGUAGAGGAGAGGGCCGCUUAAUGUGUACAGAAUGUGACGGAACAGGGGAGCCGAACAUCGAACCACAGUUCUUGGAAUGGGUCGGUGAAGGAAUGCACUGCCCUUACUGUGAAGGCCUUGGAUAUACGGUAUGUGACGUCUGCGAAGGGAAAACAGUGGCCUAGACGAGAGAAGUUUUCGGAAUCUCUUGUACACUAAUUAUGUCUCGGGUGUUUCAUCAUUAUGUUAUUGUUAGAGAUUACUCUCUUUUGGGCAUAUGCAUAUACGUGUAAAAAUCAGGCUCAAAUUUUUGGUGUCAACACUUUUCCAGUAAUACAUUGUAUUUUACCAAACACAGAAAUGUAAUAUUCCUAGAAAUAUGAUAUUCUCAGGCUUACUUUCCUUGCAA